AUGCGUGCGGCCGUAUCCGCUCAGCAAUCCAAUUUCAGACUGCAGCUGCCCAUCAUCCACAACACCAUAUCACUCACAGCCCAACGGGACCACAAUAUGGAACGUGACCGGACAAUGAGUCCUUCGAAUGACACCCCAACACCCAUGGCGAAGAACACAGCGCGACAAAGCGAUUCUCCUAUUCGCAGUCGGCUGUUAGGACGCGCUUCGACCAUCGCGGAUAUAUCGAGUCCUCUAAGACAUCGUCGAAGCUCCAACUUCUCGGAUUCCGUCGAGAGCACACGAAAAUCCAUCAAAUCGUCCACGGAAAGUCUCUUACUGCCGACAGCGACGAGUCCAGAGCUGGAAACAAACCAUGAACCCUCUCAUUGGCACUCUGUGCCGCUCGCUCUGGCGCUGCUCCCGGCCGUAGGUGGGCUGUUCUUUCACAAUGGAAGCGCUGUGGUAACAGAUUUGACCUUGCUGGGUCUGGCGGCGGUGUUUUUGAAUUGGUCUGUAAGACUACCUUGGCACUGGUACAUUUCAGCGCAGUCCGUCCAACUCAGUGACCAGCUACCUACUAAUGAUGACUACAUUUCCGACACCAUUAUCGAAGAGGGCAGUGAAGAGGAGGAACAACAUAGUCCACCUGUCUCACCGCUAGACGGAGCCAAUGAUCCUAAUCCAAAGCCCGCACAACCUUGUCCGUCUCAAAGCUCCGCAACAAGCGAGCUUCGGAUCCAUGAGCUUCUUGCACUCUUAAUGUGCUUCCUUUUCCCAGCAGGCGGUGCAUGGCUCCUCCACCACAUCCGUGGCCAGCUUACCCGCCCAUCAGAAGGCCUCGUCUCGAAUUACAAUCUCACGAUCUUCCUUCUAGCCGCCGAAUUGCGGCCCCUCUCCCACCUCAUCAAACUCGUCCAAGCGCGAACCCUACAUCUGCAACGAAACGUCAAUACCAAUGCCUACUCCACUACCUCCAGAAACAUGUCUUCCGCUACGAUUGAUGGCCUACAAGACCGUCUUGCGGAAUUGGAAAGGCACAUCGCCGACACCAACACUAAUGGCACGAACGGCACUGCCACUAAGUCGCCAACCCCAGAUCUAGUCACUCAAGUCCGCAAAACCCUCCAGCCCGACCUUGACGCCCUCAACCGCGCCGUCCGCCGCUACGAAAAACGUGCCACCCUCCUCUCCCUCCAAACCGAGUCCCGCCUCCAGGAUCUCGAAAAGCGCCUAGGUGACGCGAUAACUCUUGCUGCAGCCGCAGAACGCAGCUCACAGUCUUCUCGCCAACGGAGAGGAAGCGGUGUCGGUCUGGUGUUCGAUUUGUUCGAUGAUAUGGCGGCAGUGGCGUCGUUGCCGAUACAGAUUUGCUGGACGGUAGUGACUUUGCCCUGGAGAGCCGUUGCAUCACUCAUGGGAUCAGUGGCGGCAGGGGCGGAAGGUUGGGUAGGGAAGAAAGUUAAGAGGGAGAUGAGGACUGCGGGCGUUGUUGAAAAAAGAGUAGGCAGUGGGAUUGAGAAGAGGAGGUUGCAGGGGAGAGCGGGGAAGAAGCUGAUGUGA